AAGGUCCAGCGUGGGCAGCUACAGUCCUUGCAUAAUUUCGCAUGGCUUCCUUCUUUUCACCUGUCACAUUACACGAGAAAUUCUUUACAUUACACCAAAAUUCACCCUCUUCAUUUUCCCUUCUUGUAUAGACACAAAAAAUGGCAAAAUUUACACUUGUUCGUAAUAACAAUAAGAUAGUAAACAACUUUUGCUUUCUUUCUCACCCCACAAACACAAAUUCAGCAACCCAUGCUUCUUGCUUUAAUAACUCAUCUCUCAGGUUCAAGAAUUUGCAUUCCGCGAGAAUCUUGAAAUUCAGGGUUUUGUGUAGUGUUAAAAGAAAGGAGAAUGUUAAAGAAAGUGAGAGAGUUGCUGAUGCUCUUACUGCAUCAUUGGAGAAGACAGGGGCUCAAUUGGGGAAUGAUAUCAGUGAAUUAGAAGAAGUGGGGUUUGAUUCAAAUUGGCCUCCAUGGAAGAAUGUUCCUCAAAGAUAUCAACUUAUUGGCGCCACUUCUCUUGCUUUUGUUAUUUGUAAUAUGGACAAAGUAAACUUGAGUGUUGCAAUUAUUCCAAUGUCUCACCAGUUUGGGUGGAAUGCAUCUGUGGCUGGACUCGUGCAAUCCUCCUUCUUCUGGGGAUAUGCGCUCAGUCAAUUACCCGGCGGUUGGCUAUCCAAGAUAUUCGGUGGGAGGAAAGUUCUUAAGAUUGGGGUAUUGGUUUGGUCAUUAGCAACUGCACUUGUUCCUUUACUUGCUGGAUUUAUGCCUGGACUUUUAUUGUCAAGGGUUCUGGUUGGUAUAGGAGAAGGUGUUUCCCCGUCCGCUGCAACUGACCUUAUUGCCAGGUCAAUACCCUUAGAAGAGCGCUCACGGGCUGUAGCAUUUGUUUUUGGUGGACUUAGUGUUGGAAGUGUGGCUGGGCUUCUUGUGGCUCCUCCCCUCAUUCAAAAUUUUGGUUGGGAAUCUGUAUUUUACAUUUUUGGCUGCUUUGGAAUAGCUUGGCUUUUGACGUUUCAAUCUGUGGAAGAGGGACAGGCUUUAAAUGCUGCUGCUGCCACGGCAAGACCCAAGUCUAAAAGUUUGGAGAACUCACAGAAUACAUCACUUCAUGAGCUGAGUGAUUCAUUAAAGGAUGUACCAUGGAAAGCAUUUUUCCAGAGUAAAGCAGUAUGGGCGAUGAUAUAUGCUCAUUUUUGUGGAGGCUGGGGCUACUUUACUUGUUUGUCUUGGCUUCCUUCUUAUUUUAGUGAGGAGCUGAACCUAAAUUUAACAGAAGCUGCUGGGGUUUCCAUCCUUCCACCUUUGGCUUCAGUUCUUGUGACUUACAUUGCUGCGCAGUUUGCUGAUAACUUAAUUGCAAAUGGAGUUAAACCCACUACGGUGCGGAAGAUUUGCCAAUCAAUUUCCUUUUUGUCUCCUGCUGUGUGCAUGACUCUCGUCUCUGUGGACCUAGGACUUCCACCUUGGGAGAUUGUGGGGAUUCUAAGUGGUGGCUUGGCCCUUUCAAGCUUUGCCCUGUCUGGACUUUACUGUACACAUCAAGAUAUGUCUCCUGAAUAUGCAAGUAUCCUGUUGGGUAUCACAAACACUGUUGGAGCUGUACCUGGAAUUGUAGGUGUUGCUUUAACAGGUUUUGUUCUUGAUUCAACCCAUUCAUGGAGUUUGUCAUUAUUUGCUCCAUCAAUCUUCUUCUACUUGACUGGAACAGUAGUAUGGUUGGCAUUUGCAAGCAGUGAGCCCCAAAACUUCUCCAAAAGAGAAUAGUUUUGAUCAUGAGGUUAGCUUGGUUUUCCGUGUGCUCAAAGUGGAACGGCAUUCAAGAUGUUACAAAUUCUAUUCAAUCCAUCAUAUCUGUUGGUAAUUGACCAUGUUGUUCACUAACUAGGCUUGUUUUGUAUAUCAACGCACACCCGAAAAACCAAAAAGAGAAAAAAAACAAGAAAGAUGGCCAUUGCAUCUUAUAUGAUGUGAAUUUUGAUGUAUAGCAUGUAAUAGUUAGUCUAUAUACGCAUUGUUCGAUACAUAAUUCUAUAUAGCAUGUUGUAGAGUUUAUCUAUUCAGUCAUAAGCUGGCCGCCCGACUAUGUAAAUGAACCAUGACAACAACAUUAUGUUGUAACUUGUAUCAUUAUUAGCAGAGCUGUAUGACCUUUUGCUUCGUCAAUGUUCAUCAUUUCCUUUCAGUCCA